AUGGAUUUCAAAACCUCUCUACGGCGCCGCAACUUCCCAGGGACGCUGCCAGACGUUGUGCUGGACCGCAUCGUGCAGCGGGUGUUCGCCUUCAGCAGCGGCGCCGGUGCAACCGUGCGCUCACUGCGCCUGGCGGAGAAGGCGCUGCGCGACGCGUGCAACCGCGCAACAACGGCUCUGCGAGUUGAUACGCUGCAGUUGGGCGACCUUGCUGCGGCGAUGGCGCGGCUGGCCUCCCUAAGCCAGCUGACAGUGCGCCCCAUGCGCUGCGAAGACGACCACAACAGCACCUGCCGGCGGCGGCGCUCCACACCCUUCAUUGUGGCGCUCUCCGCCGCACUGCCGGCGCUGACAGCGCUGGAGUCCCUGCAACUUGUCGGCUUCGGCGCGUCGACGGACGCUGGCAUUGCCGCCCUUGCCGCGCGCCUGCCUGCGCUUUCGCGGCUCACGCGCCUAGACUUUGGGGGACUGCACACAUCCGAGGGCAGCGCCGGCUGCGUGGCCCUCGUGCGCGCGGCCGCUCGCCUCCGGGCGCUGCGGCAGCUGUUCAUGCCUGCUUGCAGCCUUGGCCUGCAGGGCAGCAUUGCUAUGGCGCAUGCGCUUUCGUGUGGUCCGCCGGCUUGGCCGGAUCUACAGGUGACGGGCGGGGAUCCAGCAGAAAGAGCGUUCAUGUGGCGAGGCGCCUCGUGUACCUGCUUCUGCAUUUAA